GGGAAGCCGGUUUUGUGCAAAUACUCAGGUAGGAAAGUGCGGGCGGUGUCUUCUCUGCCCGGGAGGCUGAGAAACUUGCGCGUUUAGCCCGGCCCAGCUAUCCUGAGGCCGUUCUGUUAGAAAAGGGUGUUGUGCGUUUGAGGAUGAGGAAUCUCCCUCUUUCUUCUCUUCCGCUCCUCCUUUUUCAUAAAUGCUUCAUUCUUAAAACAACGGAUUGUUGGGCUAAAGCUUCUCGGGCGACGGCAACUGAAUGUUACAUCCUGAAACCAUGCUUCCUGAUAACUUUCGCAUGUGUAUGUGAAAGAGUACCGCUGAGGUUACUGUAUGUCUGUGCGGGGGAAAGAAACUCUGUACACGCUUAAGGCUCAGAAUGCCAAACUGGGGAGGUGGCAACAAAUGUGGUGCCUGUGGCAGAACAGUGUACCAUGCAGAAGAAGUUCAAUGUGAUGGGAGGAGUUUCCACAGAUGCUGCUUUCUCUGUAUGGUCUGCAGGAAAAACUUAGACAGCACAACAGUAGCCAUUCAUGAUGGAGAAGUAUAUUGCAAGUCUUGCUAUGGAAAGAAGUACGGUCCCAAAGGAUAUGGCUAUGGUCAAGGAGCAGGCACUCUGAAUAUGGACAGAGGGGAAAGGCUUGGUAUCAAGCAUGAUAAUGAACCUUCUCAUCGACCUACAACAAGUCCAAAUACUUCGAAGUUUGCCCAGAAAUUUGGAGGAGCAGAGAAGUGUUCCAGGUGUGGAGACUCUGUGUAUGCAGCAGAGAAAGUAAUAGGGGCUGGAAAGCCUUGGCAUAAAAACUGUUUCCGAUGUGCCAAGUGUGGGAAAAGCCUGGAGUCAACAACUCUGACAGAGAAGGAGGGAGAAAUCUAUUGCAAAGGUUGUUACGCAAAGAACUUUGGUCCCAAAGGAUUUGGCUAUGGCCAGGGAGCUGGUGCUCUUGUUCAUGCUCAAUGAAUUGCUAGCUCAAUUGGAUUGAGAUGGUUCUGUAGUUUAAGAUGCAACUUAAAUGUUACUGUGAAACUGAAUGUAGUGUCCUAUGCUAUUGUAGUUCUUUAAAUUUCCAUGCUUUUUUUAAAAAAACCUGUUUGGAUAAUUCUUCCAUAGUUAAUAUCAAUAAAGGUUUGUAUUUAGAGUA